ACAAUGAGUGACACAAUGGACUGGAUAAUUACCACGGCAGUAUUCUUGUCAGGGUUAAACGCUUUACUUUGUUUUAACAUCGAUCCUGUGGCUUGGAAGACCCUGACUCAACCUGCUGCAGGUUUUGGAUACCAGGUGGUGCAGAGGCCAUCAGAUUUGCUGGUCAGUGCUCCUCUUGCACAGUUUUCACCAACAGGAAGAGGACAGAUUUAUAAGUGUUCCACCGAAACAUGCACGCAACUAUCGGUUCCUGUGGCUGAGUUUGCAGUGAACAUGUCUCUGGGUUUGACGAUGGCAAAUGAUCCCUCCACACAAAGAACUUUGGCAUGUGGUCCAACCAUCCCAAAGGACUGCAAAAGUAUCACCAUGUACAGUGGAACCUGCUGGCAGAUAGACGCUUCUGAUCGAGUUACAGGUCCUGUACCUUCUUCUAAUGGCGAGUGCGGGUCAGCAGACAUUGUAUUUCUGUUGGACGGCUCCGGCAGCGUAAAUGAUCAGGAUUUUGAAAGAAUGAAGACUUUUGUAAAGAAUCUGGUCCGCUCACUCCUGCAAGCAGACAUAAAGUUUGCCAUUGUCCAAUUCUCCGAUUCUCCCCAAACCCAUUUUUUCUUCAGUGAUAAUCUGAUCUCUGGAACUGUAUCAUGGGAAAGUAAAGUCGAUGGGAUUAGACAACUCAGGGGAUACACUUACACAGCUAAAGCCAUCAAAUCUGUGGUCAAUAACGUUUUCACACCAACAAAAGGUUCCAGGCCAAAUGUGAACAAAGUGUUGAUAGUCAUCACCGAUGGAGCAUCUAGCGACCCCGAUGAUUUGCCAAGUGCAACAAGUUUAGCUGACAACAAAAAGAUUGUUCGAUUUGCUAUUGGAGUGGGGGGGGCAUUCAACAGUGUUCAGGCAAAAAAGGAACUGGAAACCAUUGCAUCUACCAAAGGAAACAUAUUUCAAGUGGAGAGUUUCAAUGCUCUUGAACAAAUAAGACAGACUCUGCAGGCCAAACUCUUCUCUAUUGAAGGAUCACAAACAAGCGGAGAAUCACUGAAAUUGGAAAUGGCUCAAGAGGGAUUCAGUGCAGCCUAUGUGCCUGAGGGAAUUCAGAUGGCUAUUGUUGGUGCUAAUGAGUGGAAGGGAGGCUUCCUCCAAUACUCAAUGUCAACAGGCCUCAAGACAAGCUCCUAUGAGGCUGAUAUAGAGACUGACAGUUAUCUGGGUUACUCCAUGGCAGUUGCUAAAACGAGGUCUGGCACGUUAACAAUUGUCGGUGCUCCAAGAUAUCAACACAGAGGAGCUGUGAUGGUAGUUCACCAAAACGUCCUCAGAAAAACGAUUGAUCCCUUUCGCUGGCAGUUUCAGAGUGGUGAAUAUUUCGGGGCUGUUGUUUGUGCGAUGGACCUGGAUCUUGACAGCUUCACUGACUUAAUCCUCAUAUCUGCCCCAAUGUUCAUGGACUCUGAUGGAGAGGGAAGGGUUUACGUUUGCAGCUUGACUGGCUUGGAUGUGGAGUGUCGCUUAGACUCUCCAUCAGUACUGAGUGGGGACGUCUCUGACAAAGGAAGGUUCGGGUCUUCUCUCGCUGUACUGCCUGAUCUCAACACCGACGGUCUCAGUGAAUUGGCAGUUGGAGCGCCUUUGGAGAACAACGGUCAAGGCAGCAUCUACAUAUUCCACGGAGAAGGAGGAGUAGGAGGAAUCAGUUCUUCUUACUCACAGAGAAUUGCAGCAUCUGAAGUCCAGUCACCAUUGUGGUUCUUUGGCCUGUCCAUCAGUCAGUCGUCUUUUGACCACAGUGGUGACGGGCUGCCUGACUUAGCGAUCGGUUCAAAGGGCGCAGUUGUCUUACUGAGAUCAAAGCCAAUAGUUAUGGUGGAAGCUACAUUGUCGUUCAGCCCAAAUCCAAUCCCAACUCAAAACUCAGACUGCUCAAAACCUUUGGAGAGCACAGCAGAAGUCUGUUUUACCAUGACCAGGCACUCCAAAGUAGACAAAGUUACAGCAAAGAUUAGCUACAAUCUAACACUGGACGCCACUCGCAAAGUCCCAAACAACCGGGCCUACUUUAGCGAGAAACAACGAGAGACAAAAGGGACAGUUGAUAUUGACUUAAUUCGUCCUGUAUGCAACACGGUGAAGUUCUUUGUUCAGGCUUGUCCAGAGGAUGCUCUAAACGCACUUUACAAUGAACUCAUGUUCAGCUUUGAAGGUUUACCUAACCCCCCAAAUCCGAGUGCUAGUCUCGCCCUGCAGGCGCAGAAAAAAACUCUACAUCCUUUGGGGUUCGAGAUCAAUUGCGGCGAAGAUGAUAACUGUGUUGAUGACCUAAAAGUGGAUUUCAACUUCACCAAAUCCUUAGAGGUGAAAGUGGGCAUUGAUGAACUGUUGGAUGUCACCGUCUCAGUGGAGAACAGAGGGGAAAACUCCUACAACAGCCGUGUCAUUCUCUCAUAUCCAACCGGACUCUCUUUCAGGAAGUUUACAACCCUGCAGGGGAGAAUUGAGUGCAGCUCCUUGGACAGUGAAGAUGGUGUAACGAGAGGGAAGACGGACUGCACUGUCGACAAGCCUAUUUUAAAGAGUGACUCUAAGGCUUUCUUCAUCAUCUCCUAUGGGAUUGAGACUAGUAGCCAACUUGCCAGUAGCAUUUCUUUCUCUGCAAAUGUUUCCAGUGGGAAUCUGGAGCACUCCAGUUCAAGCGAACUCUACAGAAACAAAGACAUUGAUGUGAAGUACAGCAUUUUUGCUACUUUUGAAAGCUCCCUCAGAUACAGCAAUUUUUCAUUCGGCAAGAACAAUGUUCAAAAACCAGUCCAACAAUCCAUUGUGGUUACAAAUGACAUCAGAGCAGUGAAUUUCACGGUGGUGAUUCGGGUGCCUGUGAAGCUCGGUGAUAAAAACAUCUGGACGGAUUCCAGCAGCUUGCAGAUUCCAGACUGUCAAAGAUGCUUUGAUGAACAACCUAAAGUCACGGAUUUUAUUGCUAAGAUACAGAAAAACAAGUUAAUGGACUGCUCUGUAGCCACGUGCUCGGUUUUUAAGUGCAGUAAGAUCAUGGGAAGACUGGAGAGUAAAACCUACCAAAUCUCUGCCAACCUCAGUUCUGAAUGGAUUCAGCAGAUUGGACUUCAAUCUGCCAAAUUCCUCUUGAUCAGCACGGCCAGUCUGGAGUACGACAGAAAGCAGUACAUCUUUUUAUCAGCAGGGUCUUACAACAACCCCCCUGUUCGCAAGAUUGAGGUGGAGGUAGAAGUGUAUGCCGAACCAGACUUCACCAAAGAGAUUGUUGGAGGAUCACUGGGAGGGUUAGCUCUCCUGGCUUUACUCACCGCUGGCCUGUACAAGGCGGGUUUCUUCAAGAGUAAAUACAAGGACAUGAUUAAAGAUUAUGCGGCGGAUCCGGGGGACGAUGGAGACGCACUUACACCAGAUUAAAAUAUUUAAAUGGUCCAGAUGUUUGUCAGACAGCAGCUUUUUAUACAUCAAAUACAUUUAAAUAAAUGUUAUAGUCUGAUGAUUACAGUUGACCGCAAAAGCAGAUAAAAGUUUAACAUCUACAGCGCUGCCUGCGUCAAUUCUGAUUGCUUCAUCGCUAUCAUUAAUCUGUGUUCUAGCAUUUUUAUAAUAUUUUUCCAGUUUUAGUAAUCUACUGGAGUAGAAAACUCCCUUACUUUGUCAUUCACUAUUUCCAAUAACAAAGGAUGACAACCAAGACUUUGGAACGGUGACAAGGGGUAAGAAAAGGAUAUCUUGGUUAGGAAGUAGAACCCAGUAAUUACUGUACAGUCUAAGCUCUUCUGCUCCCUACAAAUUAUUAUUCAAAUUAAAGUCAGUGAGGGGAAAAUUAGUUCAUAUUAUGGAUGAUAAAAGGUGGCGAACUGCGGUCCUAUUGACACUCGUUGAGUUAAUUGGCAAUCUAGGGACAAAUGUCCCUAAAUUAGUGCAUUGAAAUAAGAAGAGUGAGGACAGAAAGUAGAGUACUUAAUAUGAAUAUAUUAGUGCACUAAGUUCUUCUAAAUAGAGUAUACAUAGGGAUUUUGGCAGAAGGCUCUAUGAAAUUUUGGUACGUUUUUAGAAUUCAAAUUGUUGAUACUAAUAACACAUUGUAGGUUAAAAUGAGACCUUUCUGCUUUCAGUUGCAAGCUAUGCAUGUUUGUUAUAUUUCUGGUCUCAAAUUUAAAAUUGUGAAAUAU